AUCCCUCCCCAUUCUUUGACGUCAUGCUGACGUAGAGAGCUUUGAUUGGCCUAACGUCAGAUUUUCACAAAUUCCGGAAGAUAUGUUGCGGGGUUGUGCUUGCUUGAUGGCAAAGUUGGUUGUAAUACUUAAAGAUUACACUGUACAGUAUCAAGCCGACAACACUACAGACGUGAAGUUCCAACUUUCUGUGCUCUACUAGCCCAUUGAACGUCGUGGUCGUGAUUUUCGUUAUCCUGUGUUUUGUGUCCCAGGCUAGUUUAUCAACACGAUGUUUGAGAUAAAGAAGAUAUGCUGCAUUGGGGCUGGAUAUGUGGGGGGACCCACUUGCAGCGUUAUCGCUCAAAUGUGCCCCAAAAUCCGCGUCACUGUAGUUGACGUCAACGAGUCUCGAAUCAAAGCCUGGAACUCUGAUACACUGCCUAUUUAUGAGCCAGGCCUCAGUGAUGUGGUUUUCUCCUGUAGAGGUAAAAAUCUCUUCUUCUCCACUGACAUUGAUGCUGCCAUCAGAGACGCAGACCUGGUGUUCAUCUCUGUGAACACACCCACUAAGACAUACGGCAUGGGGAAAGGUCGUGCUGCUGAUUUGAAGUACAUUGAGGCUUGUGCUCGGCGCAUCGUUGAGGUGUCCAAUGGUUACAAGAUCGUCACAGAGAAAAGCACCGUGCCUGUCCGCGCAGCUGAGAGCAUCCGGAGGAUAUUUGAUGCCAACACCAAACCCAGCCUCAACCUACAGGUGCUGUCUAACCCAGAGUUUCUGGCCGAGGGGACAGCUGUGCGGAACCUGAAAGAGCCAGACCGUGUGCUGAUUGGUGGAGAUGAAACAUCAGAGGGUCAAAGGGCCAUCCGUGCUUUGUGCGCCGUCUAUGAGAACUGGGUCCCCAAAGCUCGUAUUAUCACCACAAAUACCUGGUCAUCUGAACUCUCCAAACUGGCUGCGAAUGCAUUCCUGGCCCAGCGCAUCAGCAGCAUCAACUCCAUCUCAGCGCUCUGCGAGGCCACCGGAGCAGACGUGGAGGAGGUUGCCAAAGCCAUCGGGAUGGACCAGCGCAUUGGCAGCAAGUUCCUCCAAGCCAGUGUGGGGUUCGGAGGGAGUUGUUUCCAGAAAGAUGUGCUGAACUUGGUUUAUCUGUGUGAGGCUUUGAACCUACCUGAGGUCGCAUCCUAUUGGCAACAGGUAAUCGACAUGAAUGAGUACCAGAGGAGAAGGUUCGCCAGCAGGAUCAUUGAUUGUCUGUUCAACACCGUGACGGGCAAAAAGAUAGCCCUGCUUGGCUUCUCCUUCAAAAAGGACACGGGAGACACCAGGGAGUCCUCCAGUAUACAUAUCUCUAAAUAUCUUAUGGAGGAGGGGGCAAAACUGCACAUCUAUGACCCUAAAGUACUCAAGGAGCAGAUCAUACAGGACCUCUCAGGAGACAACCCAGAAAGAGUGUCUGACCUGGUCACCGUGACGACUGACCCCUAUGAUGCGUGUGAUGGGGCCCAUGCUCUGGUCAUCUGCACAGAGUGGGACAUGUUUAAGGAUCUGGACUAUGAGAAGAUAUAUGGGCGCAUGCUGAAGCCAGCCUUUUUAUUUGAUGGACGGAGAGUUUUAGAUCACCUGAUCCCACGGCUCCAGAACAUCGGUUUCCAGAUCGAGAUCAUCGGUAAGAAAGUGACACCGGCCCGGAUUCCCUUCACCCCUCCUGCUGGAAUGACCCGCAUCUCCAUCAAUGAGCCUCCAACCAAGAAGGCCAAAGUCUGACGGGCUCCACACCGACUCUACUCUUACAGGGCCACACAACUCUGACGGGCUCCACACCGACUCUACUCUUACAGGGCCAAAGUCUGACGAGCUCCACACCGACUCUACUCUUACAGGGCCACACAACUCUGCAUUAGAGCUGUAAUCGCUCAUGUUGUACAGUAGUACAUAAACACACCAGCUAAAGACUCUUGAAAUACCCCUACAGACCUCAUCUCCUAGCUUUAAACUAGCAUUUCUCCCAUUUAAAACAGGCCACUGUUGAAACACAGAUUUUUAUUCCAGGUUAGUGGUGAGUGAUGUAUUCAUCAACAAACACCAUCCAAUCAUAAGUAUGAGGAAUAGAAACCAUGUAUUACUUGCCUGGGGUGGCAAUCCUUGGGUCAGAAUACGGUUAGUCUAGUCUACAUGUCAAGUUCUAGUUGAGAUUUAUAACACUCAAUACUAAUCGCAUAGAAUUAACUCCAAUGUCUGCCUUGUCUAAGAACACCGAUUUGUCAUCGUGUGUGUGUGCGUGCAUGGUUUUGUUCUUUUUUUAAUGAAAUCUUUUAUAUGGCAUGGAUUUUAUGAGAAUGCACAAAUUAAAGAUUGUAAUACUGGACCAAUCAGAUGAAAUGUCAUUAAACAUGUUGCAUCUUG